AUGUCUUUAUCCAAAGCAGAAACAGAUAUCAUACUGAACAAAGCUAAUGUCGCAUUAGCGCGCAGUCAACGACUCGUCGCCUCCUGGCUACCCCCGAAGACUCUGGACGAACAAACCAAUAAGUCUGAAGAGGAGUUACAGCGAGAAGAGGAUGAGAUUUUCACUGCUGUGCCAGAAACUCUAGGAGUUGGAGCACCCCUUCCGAACAAGGCAGCCGAUGGAAGUUGGAAUCGCACCGAACUUGGCUCCAACGAUAAAUUACGGAAACAGCUCCUGGGGAAGAAUUACAAUAAGGUCAUGUCAGAGAAAAAUGUAGCGGCGGGCCGGCAACCGGGUAAAGACAAAAUUUCAUCAGGCUCUGGCUCCGCUAUGAGUCCAUCUCAGAUUGCAGGAAAUGCAGUCUAUGAUGACGACGAGGAGGAAGGGCGAACGUCCAUAGUCAGAAGGAAGUCAACUAAAAAGAGAAAAGCGGAUCCCAGUCCGAAGGUUCUCGGGCCUGUUGAAGCCGAUAUCGAUGGAGACGGCGAGGGUACGGCAUUGGUGAAGCAACCGCCAUCCCAGCUGAAGGGAAGGAAAGCUACGAGCUUCUUAGAUGAAAUCCUUGCUGAGCGGUCGAGGAAGAGGAAGAAGAGGUGA